AUGGCAAAAACGACGACUACAAACAGUAGUAGCACCACGACGUUGAUGAUGAUAAUGUCCUCCAAAGCGCAUAUGGAAACAGAAACUACUGAUAAAUUUACAACAACUACAACAACAAUUCAUAGUGAAAUUCCAAAUCAGGAAGUUUCAAUGGCUCGUCAGGCUGCAAAACAAACAACACACAUGACCUUAAAAGAGGAUUGUGAAAGCAUAUCUGAGCCUGCACCAGCAACACCGACAAAACCAAAAACGACAAAAAGAAUCAACAAUAAGCAAAACAAGUUGCAGCUACAAUACACUAAACAGCAACAGUACCACUACCAGCAUCAACAUCAAAAAACCGAAAAUUGCUCAAACGACAAAAGCAACAACACUAAAAACAACAACAACAAAAGCAGUGUAUGUUCAACGUUAGAAGAGCAACAGCCAAAUAUUAGCACUACUGACCCAGCUGGCACUCAAGCUAAUGCAACUAUGGCAGCUCAACAACUACCCACAAAAGUAGCGGUAGCAACAUCCACAGAAACAUCCACAAAAACAUCAACAAUAGCAGCAACAUCGUCAGUAGUAGCUGCAGCAGCAACAGCAAUAAUACAAACGACAAAAGCAUCAGCAAAGGAUGUGGAAAAUUCGAAGAAUAAAACACAAUGGUACAAUGUUUGCUUUAGUUCAAAAGGCAGCCCAAAGCAAAAAUGUGCAGCACAUCAGCAACAACAAAAACUGCAACAAAAUGAACAACAGGAAGGGGAACAACAGCAGCAACAACAUUCACAUGUUAUGCAUACACAUACACAGACCCAUAAAUGCAAAAGUGCGAACAUUAGUCGCUGCACCAGCAGCAUUCACAGCACAGUGCCCCAAAUAAACAACAACACCGCCAAUAUAACCACUACAUCUACCGACACGACCACCACCAUCACCAGUAGCAGCAUUAUCAUCACAGAUAUCAACAACAGCAACAAAAACAAUAGCAAAUGCAACACAAACAUCAUCAUCAAUCCAACUACAGAACCAGCAACUAUCACAGCCUCCACCAACACAGCAGCAGCAACAGCAACAACAACAACAGCAGCAGAUUGCAUCAAAGCUCUUCUUCUUCUGCUUCUUCUUCCUCUCGAACGUUUUCCGUUGCGACAACGACGACUACGACUCAACCAUGUCAUGCAAAUGGAAUCUAUGUUGCGUGCCCUGAUGUUUGGCUUUGUGUUCAUCAUGUCGCUGCAAUAUCCAAAUG